ACCGCGAGCCGUUUGCACUACUUUGACGUUUCGGCGCAGUUGAUCAACAAGGUGGUCCGCUAUGUCUCGACGUCGCCGACCUAUGAGGCACUUCUAGCGCCGCUUGGCUGGUUCUCCGCAGAGGCGGAAAAGCGUGCUCUCUCUCUCUUGCUGGAGCAGGAAAAGCAGCACUGGAGUGCCUGGCACGCAGAGCUCUACGGCCUGGCUUCCGGUGGAUUGCUGGCUGCGCGGUCAGGUUUACUCCCUUUGCGCAGUGAUAUGCCAGAACGUGGAAGCCCAGAGUUUCUUCCAGCGGCCGCCUCGCGAUUUCGGCUCUUAUUGCGUGGUCUCUCGAUGCUAUUGGAGACUGCCAACGUGGUCGCUCAGAGUGCAAGUGUAAAUGCAGUGGUAGCGCAUGUCGACUGGUUAUUGGAUCGAGGCUUAGGAGUUUCUUUUCCCCUGAGCAAUGUCAUGAUUUCACCGGACUCUUCUCCUCUGCCACCAACAGAGAUGCCUGGACUGCUAGCAUUGUACCAGUUCGCAGACGAGUUGUUCCCGGCGAUCUUGCUGCAAGACAUGCAGGACCGGGAAACCUCAAAGUCGAUACGAUCUUCAAGUGAAGAUAUGCAAUCGUCAACAAGUGAGAGCAUCCCGCAGCUUCUACGGGCUGUGCGGCGGCACGGCUUGCUUCUGAUGAAAGGUGUCGUGGCGCGAGGAGCGAAAGAGAAGUCCCAGGAUGAGAAGUUCCAAAA